AUGGCGCUUCGACGAGAUAUAGCGCCAGGACAAAAUCACAUAGCCCUACGAAAAUGGGGUAAAACCUUCUACUCGCCCCAGCUCUUCCACCUAGCCCCCACCUUCGACAAGGUAGUGCCUUUAGCCAUCAGAGACAUUGUCAAAGCGAAAACCAUGCUACAAGUGUACGGGGUCCAGGGGCUCGAGGAACACACCAAGGGCUCGAUUUUGAUCAACAACUACCCGGUAAGGUGCGUCAAGAUCUUCGGAAGGGUGCUUUCCUACGCAUACAAGAACUAUGACACAGGCGGCGACAGGAACCCAAACAACUUCUACCUCUUGACUGUGGAUGACUGCUCUGGCGACGUAUCUCAUAUCACCGUGAAAAUCCCAGAACAUUGUGUAUAUGAGCAUUUUGAAGAGGACGCCUUAGUCCAAGUCGUCGGGCGUGCACUGUUUGUCCAAGACUACCUGAGACAGAUUGUCGGAGACAGCCUCACGGUGCUUUCGUUGGGUCCCGAUUUGGCAAUCGAGAUCGAGUUCUGGAAACAAAUAUUGAGCACACGGAGGCUUCUAAAGCACUCAUGGAAGUAUAAUCCUGAAUACGUAGUGUCCAAGGGUGCUGUGAGUGAGCCAAGGUUUCUGAAGAAAGAUUACUUGCAUCGCCUUGAGAAGCAGAAGCUACGAUUGAGUGACGCCGCCAGCCAGAUCACACAACAAUUCCACGUUUUGGAUAGUUUCUCCGAGGACUCACAUUUGCACGUAGAUGCAAUCUGCUUGGAGGCUGGCGCGGAACAUGUUACCAGUGAGAGCACAGGCAUGGACCCAAAGUUGUUGAGCUCUGUUGUUGAGCUGGAGGAGGAAGUGAACACAGAUGUGGAUUUUCAUUCACAGAGCAAUGCUGAAAAGUCCAGUGAUGAACAAUGCAUCGUUCUCGACUAA